UUAUGAAGUAAAGAUCCCCGUCGGCCGCAUGGCGCCCCUGGAGGAGUUCCUGCUGGGCUGGCGUCGGGAAGUUGCCUUCGAGACGCAGCCCCGCGCUGCCUUGAGGGCCCUGUGGCGCAUUCGCAGGUCCAAGUUUUUGCUGGUGAUAGGAUGGGUGUGGGUGGGCCGCUGCUUGGUGGAGACGGCCAUGGCGACAAACUCAGAUGUUCUCAACAUCGGCCUCGUCCAGUUCGCGGCCUUGCAUCUGGCCAUCUUCGGCGUCUACGUGUUCGCCUUCCGCGGCUCCGAGUGCGCCAACGCGCUCGGCUGUCUCAUCUUAGUGACGCGCUGCCUGGAGCGGAAGGCCGAUCCCGCCACUCAGGUGGUGUUUCGCAAAAUGAUACGCCGCCAGCGUUGGGUCAGUGCGUUCUCACUGGCCGCCUGGGUGGCCCACAUCCUGGCCUCUUUCCAGACGGUCCACAGCUCUCAGCAUAUCUCGCCCCUGAACGCGGUGCUUGUGCCCAUCGGUGGCAUAUGGUACAAAGCUGUCAACGGGGUCUUCGUGGUCUUUCAGCUGUGGCUCAGCGUGUUGGGGCCCCUGGCGUACUACCGCAUGCUUGCGAUGGCGUCUGCUCUGUUCGGCGUCGCCUCGGUGCUCUACCGCGGCAUGGCCAUACAGUGCGUCACUGCACGGGGGGGUAGUAUGCAAGCUCAAUCCAAAGAUAGUAUUUAA